AACGAGGCCGCCCAAAUGCAGGAGCUGGAUGAGAUUUGGACGCAGAUCUUGGUAGGGCGGUACCCAGACCUGCCCAUCGACUCCUUCCUGUACGCAGAAGAUUCGCCUGAGUUUGCUGAGUACCUGGCAACCUUGCAGAGCACACAUGAGUUCCCGAAGAGGCUCCGGAAGAACGAUUGCAAGGAUAAGGGCAAUGCCUGGAAGAUCUUGCACGAGAAGUUCUGUAUCGAUCACCGGGUGACGCAGCGCCAGAUCGAUGAAGCCAUGCGCCCCUAUGCUGCCAAUGACUUCUUCCAGAGCAUGAGCGCUCGAGAGCAGGAGAUUGUGGCCUUGCGUGACAUCAUU